AUGUUUGGAAAGUUAAUACGCAUACUAGCCAAUCAAAACGCAUCCCAAUUCCAGAAUGACCUUGAAGAAGACGCUCAAAGAUCGACUAUACCACUGUCCGAAAGCCUCUCACGCAUGCUCAUCCUCCUACCCGACGAUACGGAAACAAAACAACUCCUCAGCCCAAUCGACACAACCGGCGAAGCCAGACUACACGACUUCGGCCUCCGUACACGACAAUACAAAGUCUUGUUUGAAGUUUGGACAGAGCUACACACCACAAAGUCAAACACAGGCACCUCUAUCCGAGACGACAUACCCUACCAAAUACGAACUAACCCUCGACUCUCCAGCGCCCUUUCCACAAACUCUUCCAAUCUCCUCCACUACUAUGAGCAAUAUCGCUCAACCCUUACACGUCUCCAAACCUUCCUUUUCCCUUGGACAUCACCCUACCAUGCCGACCACCUCUCUCUCCAAAAUGCCCUCUCAAAAGGCGGCCGAGGCCUCGUCUUCACGGCAGGUACCCACCAACUCCCAUACCUCCUUACCUCAAUCCCAACCCUCAGGAACCUAGGCUGCACCCUCCCGAUCGAAGUUUUAUACCUCGGCCCAGAAGACCUAAGUCCCGAAGCGCAACGACAGCUUGAAUCUCUACCGAACGUGCUGACGCGCGACUUAAGUCUCAUGAUCUCAGACAAUGGCUGGACGCUGCGUGGAUGGGCAGGGAAACCAUUUGCAAUCCUAUUUUCCAGUUUCCGGGAAGUGAUAUUCAUCGAUGCGGAUGCGCUGUUCUUCCAGAAUCCGGAGAUCCUAUUUGAGGAUCCGGAGUAUAAACGGACGGGCGCAUUGUUUUUCAAAGAUCGUCGUAUUAUGCCAGAGGAUAAGAGCGACUGGAUGAGGAAGGUUUUGCCCGCUCCUAUUUCCGAGAUGGCGAGGGGCUCCAGGUUUUGGAAAGGGAUAAGUGGGCAUAUGCAGGAGUCUGGGGUGGUAGCUGUUGAUUCCUGGAGACAUUUUGUGCCAUUGCUUCUUGUUACGAGGAUGAAUGGGCCUGAUAGGGAUGGUAAUAAGGAGAAAGGUCUCAGAGGGGUUUACGAUAUGCUUUUUGGCGACAAGGAAACCUUUUGGCUUGGCUGGGAGCUUGUUGGGUCCACAUCAUACGCAUUUCACAAGGGAUGUGUCGGAACUAUGGGAACUGUCCAAGUGAAUGGACCAGCACGCGGGCGAGGCUUCGACGAAGCAGACUUGGAUUCGAUUCAUUCAGUCUCUUCCGAGAGCAUUGAGAAGGCCCCGCGUAUCCAGCCCGCUCUGAGGACACGGCCUCGGGAGUAUACGAUAUGCGCACCGCAGCUACUUCACUUGGAUCUUGCUGGGCGCCCACUUUGGUUUAAUGGUUGGCUUUUACAGGAUAAGUUUGCAGACGCUAAGAGUCAGCAGCCUGGAAAGUUUGAGAGUUUCGUACAUGAGCAGAUGGAGGAUGAGAAGGAUCCAGAAGCAUGGAAAUUACAUGGGAAUAAUGUUUGCUGCUUGAGUUCGAAGAAGGUGGCUGAGUUUUCGGAGGAUGAGAAAGAUAUCUUGAAGAUGAUUAUUAAGGCUGCGAAGAGAGUGGGCGUCUUUGGUUCAAACUAG